AUGACUACCCCCACUGCUGCGACAGUGCUGUAUGCACUGACCGUUUCCAGCUCCCCGGCGCGACCUGGACCUGAAGAUGUAUUGGAGAAGACUCAUCAUACGAAGUCUGGGUUCAGAAAUCCAUGGGAGUCCUAUCGCGAUCACAGUCCCAAGGAUAUCAUGGGAAUGCUACUCUCUCGACGAUUGAAAGGCGAAGCGAAUGCGCCCGACAUGACACCUCCAGCUACUCGCAAGCCCGAAUUCCUUCCUAGUCGAGACACACCCAAGCUUCGGGCAACCUGGCUUGGACAUGCAUGCUACUACGUUGAGUUCCCAAGCGGGCUCCGAGUGCUGUUCGAUCCUGUAUUUGACGGUCGCUGUGGGCCAUAUUCCUUCGGCCCGAAGCGCUAUACCGACCCCCCAUGCAAGAUCGAGGAUAUCCCUGUCAUUGAUGCUGUCGUCAUCUCCCACAACCAUUAUGAUCAUCUGUCCUACCCUACCGUCAGUAAAAUCGCCAAGCAACAUCCCAAUUGCCAUUUCUUCGCGCCCCUCGGAAACAAAUCGUGGUUCCAUGACUCCAAAAUCUACAAUGUAACUGAGUUGGAUUGGUGGGAUGAGCGAGAUAUUGCAAUGUCUCCAGCGGAGGAAAAGGCGACGGAGGUUGAGCCGGUAGGAAAGGCUUCAAGGGCGGCUGAUAUCAAAGCGCGUAUCAGUUGCAUGCCUUGCCAACACAUCACGGCUCGCGGCCCGUUCGACAAAUGCAAGACUCUGUGGGCAUCAUGGGCUAUUGAGUCCGGUGGUAGUAAGGUGUAUUUCGCUGGAGAUUCCGGUUACCGCGCGGUGGACGAAAUACCUAAGGGAGAAGAUGAUUGGGACCCCAAGUAUAAUUUUCCUAUCUGCCCUGCUUUCAAGCAGGUUGGUGAAUUCCGAGGUCCAUUUGAUCUAGGUCUCAUUCCCAUCGGAGCCUACGCUCCUCGCCAUAUCUUUAGCGCUGCGCAUGCGGAUCCUCAUGAUGCCGUGCGAAUGUUCAAGGAUACCAAAUGCAAGAAUGCCUUGGCUAUGCACUGGGGAACAUGGGUUCUUACCGAGGAAGAUGUCCUUGAGCCCCCAAGGAAGUUGAAGGACGCACUUAAGCGUCACAAUAUCCCCGAGACCGGUGUCUUCGAUGUUGCACACUUGUCUCUUCCUGAUUCUACUGAACCAGAUUCCUCUCUCGUACCUCUCAUGGUUGAUUUGGCGAAUGAUCAAGCCAGAGGUGAAGCCGAAAUCAAUCUCAGAGAUCGGAGAUUCUACCAAUUCCAAAGCCAAGUCCCUUCUGAGAUCACUUCUCAAGGCAUUAAUCUGGAGAACAGAGAUUUCCCAGAACGUCGCCGUCGGUAUCGGUCCACACCUUCCACCACAUCUUUGUCCUCUACCCUUUCCGGAGAAGAGGAAGUGGUUUAUCCUUUGAACGAAAGAGCACUAUCAGCGCUUCCCCAACAUUUGCAGUUGCACAUGAGAGAGAUGCAAGAAGAACGCAUUCUUCGCUUGCAAACGCAAGUUCCUCUAAUUGGGAUGUCUGACAUCUUAUCAUACCCCCAACCGAGAGAUCCAUCCAAGAGAAACUUCUCAUCUCGAUACCCUGGUGCCAAUCCUGUUGAGAGAAGCCCUUCUCGUCCUUUGCUCAAGCAUGGCCGCCCAACCAGCUUGACUGACCAUGAGAGCCCUUUUCCUAGUCCGAUUGGGACCCGAGAUGAAAGUCUUAGCCCUACAUCGCCAAUGAACCCUUACAACCUUCAACCUACUUCACCAUUAACAUGGCUUGCAUCAGCGCCUCUUGGCCGUCCGAAUCACUUCGCCCAAUCCUCACAGAACAUUUCAGAUAACCCGCCGACCGAAUCAAACGGACUCUGGCUGCACCGCAAUGUUCCUAUCGGCCAGGGCUACACAGUAUGGGACCGAAAUGGUCAGUUCGAUGCACCAACUCUGCGCUCAGGGACAUCUACUCCACGCGUCGAUGUCACUCAGUUUGAUUUCGGUUUCCCUAAGCCUGAGCCAACUCGAACUAUCGAAUCAUCUCAGGCACCGACCAAGACAGACUUGUCCAAGGCUAAUCCGUCUCGGGGGAUUGAUUUGAUAAAUAAAUGGGUUCAUCCAGCUCUGCGGCCUGAUUUGAUUGAAAAGUGGAAAUACGAUGGUCUGCUCCCCGAGGAUCUUCCUAUUGUUCGAGGUCCAGCUGCUGAAGCUCCAGUCAUUCCAGCUCCCGUUGAUCAGGCUCCAGUGACCCCUCCUCGCCGCCCGAUUCUCACGCCAUAUGAGCCUCGAUUCUACCCUCGUUACGGUCAGAGUCUGAGCGACCUCAACGAUGAUGAGUUAGAGGAACGACUUAUGUGUACGCAGCGACCUGCUUCUCAAGGUACCCUUGGAGGAUCUCCAGUCACUGCCAUGACUACAGUCACUCCUGUAACACCUCCUCGUCGUAUUCGGCCACGUUCACCAACCGGUAGCAUGAGUGACAUCCCUCGGACACCUUCUUGGCGUUCAAUGCCAUGCUCUGGGGGUGAAUCAAACGGUUACUUAUUCCCAAUGGACCAGUCGCCAACUGACAAUAUUGUUCAAGAAUUGCCAUCCACCCCUCCUUAUCAGUUGAGCCCAUCCUCCUCUCAGUGCACGGUCAGAGGUUCUCCAAUUGCUACUCCACAACGUCAAUUGCUGCCACCAUUUUCACCAAGCAGACCGUCACUCAAUUCCAGUCAGUCGCGCUCACUCCAUUCUAUGGAAGUACUUCUGGGCCACGAUGAAGGAGCUUUCUCAGCCCAGGCAGAAUGGACACCUGAGAUGCAUGCAAUUAUGUUUGACCCCGUUCGGCGCUCCCGUCAAGAGCGGCGCAAUGCAUUUGUUCCUGAGCAAAAGUCCCGCAGACAAACCGCCAGGGUUCCACAGUCCAGUCCACCAGGCUUGCUCACAAUUGACACAACUGGACGGCCUGUGUUGACACGUACAAAAACAUCCGCACGCAGCGGAGGCCAUUCCCAAGAGUCUGCAUCUCGACCUUCCCGUUCUCGUGUGCGAGAGGGCCUGCGCAGACUGAGCCAUGGGUUCAGACGCAAAUGA